UAAAUUGCCAUCCAGCUCUUGAAAUUCGUAUUCCCUACAAAAUCUGAUAAUUUACGAAAUUACUUUGUAAAAAGAUAAUCGAAUAAAAGAAAAAUAUAUAAAAAUAUUUAUUUUAAUAAAUUGCUUUGGAAAAAUUUGACAAAACAUUAAAGUUCUGACAUGUAAUUAUUAUUUUUUGGAACAUUAAACAAAAAGGCCCACGCAAAGGCCCAUUAUAAUUUUUCUUUUAACACAACCAAACCAGUGAGUAAAAUCUAUUAUCUCUAUCUCUUUUCCAGUUGUAAACCAAAGCAAAAAGAGAGAGAAGGCGACGAUGAGUACGAUGAAGCCAAGCCGGAGCGACGAGAUAGCCGACCCGGAUCAACAGAUCAAGAACACGAACCAGAUCAGAGCUGGUUUCGAUUCCUUGGCCCCUAAACGACCCACUAAGCCCACCCGGAGCGAGCCAGGCCCUUUCGGAUGUUUCUCUACUCCCGAGCCAACCACUGACCAUCCAGAGGCUGACAAGUUCCAAACUCUCCAGUCCCAAACUCAUGGUAAUAUUCUGCAUGAAGGAGGUUCUGCUGCUGUUCAAGAUGAGUUCCUGGAGACAGAGUAUUACACGAGUCUCACCGCCAUUGAUAAGCAACAUCACACGACCGGAAGUGGGUUUAUAAAUGUGGGGAAGGAAGACGGUGGUGAAGAAGCUGUGAUAGCCGCCGCUGCAAUCGGAGACGGAGGUGAAAAGGCUGUUUACAGAAGCAACCCGGCGACGAACGAGUGGAUUCCUGCGGUGGAGGAGGAUCUUGGUUCAGAAUCUUCGUCUAAACCGAACCGGAGCGAGAAUUCUUGAAUGGGAUCGGAUCUUUGAAUGUGUGUGUACUUUAUCUUCUUCCAGAUGUGAUGUUUCUUGAUGUUAUUGUAAUAAGAUAUUAUCGAAAUAAAUUAGUUAAAUAAGUUUUUAUUAUUAAA